AUAAGUUAGUUGGAAUCAUUCUAAUUCUAAUUGUUUCGAAGAAAACGGGACAAUCAUUGUAACAAAAUGUCUCCCUUCAUCAUUUUUGCCCUGUGCGUGCAGGCUUGCUUGAUCCAGUCUGUGCUAAGCCAGUCCUGCGGAUUCCCACAACUUCCCUACGGGUCCGGCUUGAGCGGAAUCGGCGGUCUCAACAGUGCGAGUCAAAGCGCGCCCCCGCCGCCGCCCGCUCCGGCCCCGCCGAGCGCGUCGUACGGCGGCGUGGGCACCGGGCAGGUCGGCGUGUCCGGCGACAUCGGCGCGAGCGGCCAGACCGUCGUCGUCGGCUCCGUGCCCGUGCUCGGCUCCGUCGACUUCAGCGGCACCGUACCGGCGUCCGGCUCUGUGUCCAUUUCUGGACAGUGUGGAUGCGGGUGCAACUAGUCUAAAUCCCAGUAUUUUAGUUUAAUAUAGCAAAUUUAUGAAUAA